ACAACUUUAUUCAUAUGGAUAAAACAUUGUUUUGGUGACUUUGUGCUGACAUCAGGGCUGUGUGGGGGGCAUCGUGCAUCUGACUUUUCAGUUUAUCAUGGCACCCAAAGGACUGUAUGUAAACGCACUGUAACCAAGGGUGCAGGUUUGCAUAUAGGGACGGUAGGGACAUAACACUACCAACUUUUCAGGAUGCUCAAAUUGUCCCCCCCAACUUUUAAGCGACCUUAUUUGCAUUAUAUAAUGAUUUCAGUUAUAUAGGUAAUUUAGAUUGUCUUCUCGUAUGUUAAAGGAUAGAAUUGACCUUAUCAAUAUUAAGUGAUUUUUAUUAUGUUCAGACUUACAUUUACCCCUUUUCACUUGCUGAAUGUGCCAGUCCAUUUUUUUCCUCAAACGCACAUUUGAUUGGCUGAUGACUUGAGACCCCCCCACACACACACACACACACACACUCACAGCCCCAACAGAAAUACAACAUGCCGCCGCCUCCGGCCCCAUCAAAGAAGAGGGAUAUUAAAAGUUUUUUUUCGGCCAGCAGUCACUGUAAGUAAUGUAAAAAGAUGUCAAUGUAAUGGAGGUGGGAAACACACCACACAUUUUGCGACUAAAAAUCCAACCUGCAUCAAGAGUUAGCAUAACAUUAAACUGUGUGUGUUAAGGCGUCCUAUAUGUGUUUUCUGCAUUUAACAACUGUGUAAAAUUUAGUGAACCGAGGUUUACCCCUUUCUCCCCAAUUUUCGUUUUCAUUUUUUUGUUUAGUUUGGCUGUGCUUGUGGACAAAAGCAGUAGUGUUUUACCUGAAGAAAGGCUCCAUUUUUAUUUAGUUAUUCCCUGACUAAGAAGUUUUUUUUCUCCCAGUUGUAUUUAAUUUAUUUAGACAGACAAUGUUGAGUGAUCUUAAAACAAAUGUCAAUUUUUUGCGUUCUUGGAUAGUUAAGACAUUAUUAACAAGUUUGUAUUUAUUGCGUAUGUUAAUAUAAUUUAAUAUUUUGCAAUAUAAAUUUGCUAAUAAAAUCUAGACCUUCUGGAAAAUUUCAAAAUGUUUCGUAUUUUUUAAAAUCAAAGUAGGAUUGCAGCUAUCGAAUAUUUUAGAAGUGGAUUAAUCGAGUAAUCGGAUAAGGAACAUAAAAAAAAAAAAAAAUACCUGACCUGAGCCUCAAACAGUAUUAAAUAUAAAUAAAUAAAUAAAUGUGGAUAUAUGUACAACAAAAAAACAUGGCUGACCUACAUAACAAAAUUCCGCAAGCUUAAAUUAUUAUUAUUUUUAUUUAUUGAUUUUUUACAAUACUCUUAAUAGUUUAAACAUUUUCCCACAAAAAAAAAAAAAAAAAACGGCUAAAUAUACCUUAAACUAAAUUACAAAUGCAUUACAAAAAAAAAAAAAAAAAAACGUUAGCUUAAACAAAAACUUAUCUGAUGUUGGUCUUAACAGGGAGCAGCUGGAUUCAGCCAUGUAAAACUAGGGGGCAGCAUAUCCACCCAAAUUAAUAAAAUUAAAUGCAAACACUUUAAAAACAAACCAUUACAACGCCACUUUAAACGAAUACUCGAAGCAGAAAAUUUAAUUUGAAUAUUUUUUUUCUAAUCGAAUACUCGAGUUAAUCUUUGCAGCACUAAAUCAAAGGUUUGAAUCGAACGGUAUAUCCUCCGAACCAAUACAUAUGAAUGUUAAAGUCAAUACAGAUUUAUUUUCCAUUGAUCAUUUAGCCUAUCAGUUAGUUAGGUUCAUAUUCGUGAGAAAUGUAGCCUUGACCCAAAUUCACCCAAUUUGUUUGGUCUUAUUAUUGUCCCAUCACCAGCAAAAAGUGUACAUGCAGGUUAUGCUGUUAUACAAUAUCGUCUCUACCAAUGCCCUUGACUGUAGCGAUUGUUGUUAUGAUCAGAUUUAAAUGUCUCAUAAAGGGAGUAUUACCCAAGCCAUAAAGCAAUUUUGCUGUCAGUGUGCUGUGUAAGCUUUCCCAUUCCAAAACAUGCAGAGUCCACCGAGCCGCUCAGUCAUCUUUGUUGUAGUCGUCGCCAACCAUGUCCUCGGUCAAGAAACUGAAGCUGGCUGUGUACGAGCUGCUGCAGUUUGCCGCGCUAGCCGUCCCCACGUUGGUGAUUGCCGAGCGCUUCGCCCGCUUGCUCAGCGACUUGGGACACGACAACAUCUCUUACUGGCUGGCGGUGGCCUCCUCGUUGGCCUAUGUGACCUCUUGUGCCCUGCUGGUGUGGGUGCCCCUCAAGUAUCACCUCCUGAGGGGGCGGAGACUCCAGACUGCACGCUGGAGACCUACAGCACUGGCCUAUCUCAUUUUGUGCACACUGCCAUGCUUUGCUAUUAUAAUAGCCAGCUCACAGGUGCAAAUGAACGCAGGUGUGAGGCUGGACCACUUUGCUGAGAUGCCCAUCUCUUUGGUGAUGUUACUGCUCAUCUGCAUGGACCUGGUAGAACGGAUGCGGCCCUACAGACUCCUUGGACAAUCUGACGAUAUGGACCUUUCUUAUGAACUACCGGUUUUAACCAACCUGGAAAUGGUCAGCUCAGUCUCCAAUCAACUGUACGGAGAGGAGAACGGUGCCCCAGCAAACUAUCAGCCAGAACACCAGAGCAAACCUGUUGCCCCCCGAAGGCGUCCCGACACCCCCGCGGGCCGCUCUACACCCAUUCCUUCCAGAACUUCAGGUGGUGCCUACUUGUACAAAUCUUCACGAGCCUUUUCUGGAAAACUGGGCUUCCUGGUGAAGAGAGACUCCAGGUCGCAUGAAUUUGUGGAUUGUUUCCUCUUUUGGUUUGACACGGUGGAGAUGCUGAGGGUGGCGGGCGAGCCAACUGUGUUCUACUCGGCCUGGGUGUACCCUGUCUUCGUCUUGGCUUUCCUGUCCAGCCUGCGAGUGAUCCUCGCCCCUGACAGCCCGUUCUUGUCCCUAGCUGGGGUGGUCCUCCAGGACUUUCCCUUUUUGAUCCUGCGGUUGUCCCUGAUGGCCGUUUUUGGACUUGUCACACCUGUUUUGUUCCCAGUGAAAAAUGCCCUGGUCAGCCUGACCUUUGUGUACUUCACUUGCAUGACCAGGAUGAAGAUCUUCAAAAGACAUGAGAUGUUCUGACAUUAACACUGAAAAUAUUCCUAACAGGACUAUGCUCGAAACACUUGAAUCCAAGGAACUACAUUGGGUCAAAAUUUCUAGCAGCAAAACAGAAAAUGAAAGAACACAUAUUUAAGAUUGAUAAAUCUGUCAUUUAAAAACAUAUAAUUUGCUUUACUUCCUUUGUCAAAAAAUACAGAUAACUUUAAUGAAAAAAGGGUAAAUGUUUUUUAUUUUUUUAAGUUUUCCAAUAAUGACUUUUUAACAGAUAUCAAACUGAUACCGAUAUACACAGUGCACUCAACGUGUUAUGGCUAAUUGUAUUGUGAUGCCCAACUGGAUGUUUUAAUAAUGAUAAAUGUAACAACUUAAAGGUUUUCCAAAUAAAUAUUCUGUGAGAAAAUAGAACAACAUCAAUUGAAAUUAUAGAAAACAAAUGUCCCGUAUAAAUAAUAUGAAUUGAAAUGAGCCAAAAUGUCAAUAAUCAAAUAAAAAGGAAUCGAUCACAAUGAAAUAAUGUUUACAGUAGUUACCCCAAGCACCACUAGAGGGCGACCAAAGUAUUACAUAUACAGGCAGGCAAUCAUAGGACAUACCGACGCAAUGACAUUUCACAAGAUGCAUUUUGUGGGGCUUUUAGCACAGGUUUUUUGUAUUUUAUUACUUUUCUUAAUGACUAUUUCUUUCUGGUAACGCACUAGUUGUAUGUAUUGAGUUUAUAAUUCAUUAUUUUUCAAUCAUUUAUUGUUCAUUUAAAUUUUGAAUGAAUGCAAAUGGUCUCCUCACAUAACAAAUCCCAACUAUCUUGAAUCAGCAUCAAAGGUAGCCAUGGCGCAGCUGGUAGCUUGAGUUAUCCUGGGACCGAAGGGUCAGUGGUCCGAUUCCUGAUUACGACUGUCUAAUGUGUGCCCUUGGGUAAGGGACUAAAACCUAGUUUACCUCCAAUGUGUUGGCAGCACCUUUAAUGGCAGCAGCACCAUUAGUGUGUGAAUGUGUGCGCGAAAGGAUACAGUAGAUGUGUGCUAAUGUAAAGCGCUUUGGGCAUGGUAAACAUGUAGCUAAUUGCGCUAUAUAAGUACUCUCCAUUUACCAUUUACAUCUAAUGGUC